UUCAUCCUUACAGCGUUUUCAUGAGCAAAGUGACGUCAUUAAUACAUGAUGUCUUCAGUGCUCAUGAUGCUUCUGGUUGGAAGGUGGGUCACCGUGAGUAUCAUAUAGUUGUAUGACGUCACAAAUGCGCGAAAAAGUGACGAUUUGAAGAAGAGAACACAGAAGACGUUAAGAAGAGAACACGUUAAAAAGAAAAGACGUUAAAAACUUAAAAAUUUGAUUGGCGAAAAUGUCGGAUAAAUUAAUAUCUGUCCCUGUUUUCAUCGAAGAUAGUGGCGAAACAUUAAUAUUGAAGCUUUUGCCACAAAAUGCGAAGAGAGCCAGUAUGGAUAUAAAUUAUAUAACAAGCCUCGUUAAUAAAAUUUAUGAUAAGAGAAGCCAAGAUUUGAUGAAUGAAACAAAUAUACGAAUUUCAACUGAUCAACACAAUGAUAUUGGCAUUUCAACAGUUGUUCAGUCUCUACAUGAUGAUGAAUCUUACACACCAUUUCUAAAAUCACAAGACUCUGAUGUCGAUCCUAAAAAUUCAAGUGAGUUACAGCAAAUGAAAAGUCAUUAUUCGUGUGGCCGUCUAAAUGUGUAUACCUGUUGCUCGAAAAAUAUGAGGAACGAGAAGAAAAGUUUACAGAAAGUACGAAACGCCACAAUAAAAUUUGAGAAACCAUCGCUGAUGAAAUAAGGAAAAUAAAUAAUAACUGUAUUAUAAGUGGAUCGCAAUGUGAAUUGAAAUUAAAUGGUUUGAAGAAGACAUAUCAAAAAAUAUUAAAUCACAAUUCUGUGUCAGGAAAUAACAGAAAGACGUGGCUAUUUUGAAAGAAUGCAUGAAAUUUUUGGAAAAACAGGAUGGGCAAAUCCUAAAGUUAUUGCUACAGAAGCUGGACCAAGUGCUCAGCAGGCAAUCGUAUCUGAUUCUCUUUGCACAAAUGAUGAUAAAAAAAAAGAUGUAAUAAACGGAAAAUUGAGGCUGUUUUAGAUGAUUAUAUAUCAGAUAUGAAAGAGG